GCAAGACGUCACCAAAAGCUAAGCUACACCUAAAGCUGCAGUGGGCCCCCACCACCAGAAUCCGUCCCAGUUCCAAAUCCCGAACCCAACCGUAGACAAGCAAUCCCUAGUCCGCACCGCGCACUGCACCGUGCAAUCGCGACCCUCAUGCCGACGAGGCCUCAGAGAGGGCACUUGGUUGCUUGUUGAUCGGAUCGAGGCUACAAAAGGCACCAAUUGCUGGAUAUGCGGCCUCCGCUCGCCGGGCCGGGCAGGCCGUUCACCUGUCUGCGAUGCCUGGUGCAGACUUCGCUCGGCCGCCCCGCCGCCACCUCUGCCCGCUACCAGCUCCGGAAGCCAGCGCCAUUAGCCCCCUCCACCUCGUACCAUACCACGCGGCCGCGCCUGCAGGACUCGCCUACCGCCGCGGAGCACCAGCAGCCGCCUCCCGUCCGGCAGCCAACCACGGCGCCCAAGGCCGUCCUCGACCUCAAGCACAUCCGCCAGAACCCGGACCUCUACGCCCAGAACUGCCGCGACCGCAACUACCACGCCGCCGCCGCCUACCCUGCUCGCAUCAAUGAUCUCUUUUCGCAGUGGCAAGCCAAGCAGCGUGAAGGCCGCGCCCUCCGCGAGCGGGGCAACCUCCUCCGCCGCCAGCUCGCCGACCCGCUGAAUAGCCGCGACAAUGCCGACGAGGAAGCCACCGCCGGCUUCCGCUCGCUGUCGCGCGAACAGCUGCUCGAAGAAGCCCGCAAAGUCAAGGCCGAGCUGGGCGCCAUCGAAGACGCCGAGUCCGCCCUCGCCGCCGAGAUGCAGCGCCUCGCCCUGGCCAUCCCCAACCUGACCAGCGACGCCACCCCGCGGGGGAACGACCCGCUCGUGCUGAGCUACAUCAACGACCACCCGGAGCCCGGGCCGGCGCCGUCCGACCGCGUGUGGCGCUCCCACGCCCACGUCGGCGCCGAGCUCGGCAUCCUCGACUUCGCCGGCGCCGCCACCGCCUCCGGCUGGGGGUGGUACUACCUCCUCGACGAGGCCGCCCAGCUGGAGCAGGCCCUCGUCAACUACGCCCUGACCGCCGCCACCCGCGCCGGCUGGCGCCAGGUCAGCCCGCCGAGCAUGGUGUACUCGCACAUCGCGGGCGCGUGCGGCUUCCAGCCGCGCGACGCGCACGGCGAGACCCAGAUCUACACCAUCGCGCAGGCCGCCGAGGACGCGGCGCGCGGCAAGCCCGAGCUCUGCAUGGCCGGCACCGCCGAGAUCCCGCUGGCGGGCAUGAAGGCCGACACGGUCCUCGACGAGGCCGACCUGCCCAUGAAGCGCGUGGCCGCGUCGCGCUGCUACCGCGCCGAGGCCGGCGCGCGCGGCGGCGAGACCAAGGGCCUCUACCGCGUGCACGAGUUCACCAAGGUGGAGCUGUUCGCCUGGACGGCGCCCGACGCGGCCGCAACCGCCGACGUGUUCGACGAGCUGCUCGACCUGCAGACCGACCUGCUGGGCUCGCUGGGGCUGCACUGCCGCGUGCUCGAGAUGCCCACGGCCGACCUCGGCGCCUCCGCCACCCGCAAGUGCGACAUCGAGGCCUUCUUCCCCUCGCGCCGCGACCGCAACGACGGCUGGGGCGAGGUCACCAGCGCCAGCAUCUGCACCGACUACCAGACCCGCCGCCUCGCCACCCGCUUGAAGCUGGCCAGCGGCAAGCUGGUCUACCCCUGGACCGUGAACGGCACCGCCCUGGCCGUGCCGCGGGUGCUGGCCGCCAUCUUGGAGAACGGGUGGGACGAGAGCGAGAAGGCCGUCACCAUCCCCGAGGUGCUGCGGCCGUGGAUGGACGGCAGGGAAAAGAUUGGGCCGAGGAAUCGAGGGGGCGGGUCUUGACCAGGCUGAUUAAUCCCACGGCAUCAUCAAUUCACUCUGCUUAUUCCAUACAAGAUCCAUCAGUCAAUCCACCGGCGAUUGCCAGUCAGUGGUGUGCCCGUAUCCUCAUCAGCGCCCGGCCCGCGAAAAACAAAGUCGUCAUAAUCGUAACAACAUAAGGAAAACCAACAUAAGAAAAGCCAA